AUGACCAUAAUUAUGAUCCUGAUUGCCGAUUCGCUCGUCUUCGCUCCGCACUCUCAACACUCUCAACACGACGAAGACUAUCCGUCUCAGCUACUAGCCACUGAGUACGAUUAUAUCAUCAUUGGAGGUGGUACGUCUGGUCUAACCGUGGGAGACCGCCUCACCGAGGGCGGCAAGCACUCCUUGUUAGUGCUCGAGUACGGUUACUUUGACACGCAAGUGAACAUGGCUCCACGACGAAUGUUCAAUAUCACCUCAGAAAUGCAGCCAAAUUUAAGGAAUCGCACAUUCCAAGUUGGCAUCGGAUGUGUAGUAGGCGGAAGCUCCAUCGUAAAUGGACAAGUAUUUCUUCGUGGCUCGAAGCCAGAGUAUGAUGCUUGGAAAGAGCUAGGUGGGCCGAAUUCGACAUGGGACUGGAAUGGACUACUUCCCUACUUUCGGAAGGGAAUUACUUUAAGCCCUCCAGAUCCUGAGAUUUCGGCAGAAUUCAACAUGAGCUACAACUCAAAGUAUUAUGGUAAGGAUGCUAGGGUUUACGCAACUUUCAGUGGAGGUCGUCCUGAGCCAUUCAUGAAGAAUCUCUACAACGCAAUGGCUAAAAUGCCCGGCAUGACUAUCCCUGAGGACAGCGGUUCCGGGGAAGCAGGACUAUACUGGUAUCCCAUCUCACAAGACGGCACAGAGUUCAAACGCUCUUCCUCUCGUACAGGCCACUGGGAUGGUCUCAACAGAGCCAACUAUGAAAUGCUAACCGGCGCGAAAGUCAACAAGAUCAACUUCAAUAGUGAUAAGAAAGCUAUUAGUGUCCAGUUCAUUUCCCGGAACGACUCGACUGUGCCACCUGUCACUACCAAGGCCCGGAAACAGGUGAUAUUGGCUGCAGGAUCUAUCCACACGCCUCAGAUCUUACUGCAGAGUGGUAUUGGGCCAGCGAAGUUGCUGAAAGAGUAUAACAUUUCUGUAGUUGAAGAUUUACCAGGCGUAGGUUCGAACUUUCAGGAUCAUAGCUAUAUCCCACAGAUCGCUUAUAAAUGGGGCAUAACGCCAAAUGGUUCUCUGCCAAAGCGCCAGGAUCGCAAUCCCUGGGGCAAGUCAGUUCCGCCUACUCUCGCUGCCAUGAUCGGUAUGCCUGUUGUAUCACCUGAGAAGUACGAAGCGCUAUCCAAAGCCUUCGAAAACCAAGAUCCGGCCUCUCAUCUGCCGGCCACUUACACAAAAGACCAAAUCGAAGGUUACAAGCAGCAGCAGAAAGUCUAUUCCAAGCUCUUCCGCGAGAAGAAUAUGCAGUGGAAUGAGAUGAUGAUGUUCGGGCCUGGCGGGAGUAUCCAGAAUCUGCAUCCGUUAAGUCGAGGUCUUGUGCUCCCUCCGAAGAAUGACCUGAAUGCCGAAAUGACAGUCGAUUAUCGCGCCGCAACAAACGCAAUUGAUGUCGAUGUAAUGGUGGAAAUCAUCAAAUUCAUGCGCCGAUACAUGACGGAAAGCGAUUUAAAAGUUUGGGCCCCCGAGGAACUAAGUCCAGGUGUGGCAGUGACGAGCGACAAUGCUUUGAAAGAUUGGGCACGAGAUAUGAUUAACCCGAGCGUGUAUCACCCCGUGGGUACGGCGGCGAAGAUGCCCAGAGAGUGGGGAGGAGUGGUGGAUGAGGAGCUUGCGGUACAUGGGUUGAAGGACUUAACAAUUGUAGAUGCCUCAAUCAUGCCAACCCUGAUAGGGGCCACGACGAGCAUGACUGUAUAUGCUUGCGCUGAAAAGGCAGCAGACAUCAUUAAAGCAAAGACAGGAUGGUGA